CCUCACUCGCUGGACGUGGGCACCAUGAGCCGCCUGGGCUCCGUGCAGCGGAAGAUGCCGUGUGUGUUUGUGACGGAGGUGAAAGCCGAGCCCUCGGCCAAGCGGGAGCAUCAGCCAUUCAAAGUUUUGGCAACUGCAACUCUAAGCGAAAAGGCAUUAGAUGCAGAUGUAUACAAUGCAAUUGCAACAGAAAAAGUGGAUGGAACGUGUUGUUAUGUUACUAACUACAAAGGUCAGCCAUACCUUUGGGCUCGACUAGACAGAAAACCUAACAAGCAAGCCGACAAAAGAUUUAAAAAAUUUCUACAUUCAAAAGAAAGCUCAAAAGCAUUUCUUUGGAACACGGAGGAAGAUUUCAAGCCUGUCCCAGAGUGCUGGGUACCAGCAAAGGCAAUAGAACAGCAGAAUGGGAAGCCAGUACCUGAUGAAAACGGACACAUCCCUGGUUGGGUACCAGUGGAAAAGAACAGCAGGCAGUAUUGUUGGCAUUCCUCCGUCGUGAAUUAUGAGUUUGGAAUUGCCCUGGUACUAAGGCACGAUCCUGAUGAGCCUGGACUUUUGGAAAUUAGUGCCGUGCCUCUGUCGGAGCUUUUAGAGCAAACCCUGGAGCUGAUAGGAACGAAUAUCAAUGGAAAUCCAUACAGGAUAGGAAGCAAGAAAUAUCCAUUGCACUUUCUGAUACCUCAUGGAGCAUUCCAAGUAAGAAAUCUGCCUCCACUGAAACACAACGACUUGCUGUCCUGGUUUGAAGACUGCAGAGAGGGUAAAAUUGAAGGAAUCGUAUGGCAUUGUGGUGAUGGCUGCUUAAUUAAGGUCCAUCGCCAUCAUCUUGGUCUAUGCUGGCCACUCCCAGAUACUUACAUGAAUUCCAAACCAGUUGUCGUUAACAUGAACCUCAGCAAAUAUGACUGUGCUUUUGAUAAUGAGUGUUUGUUUAAUCAGUUCUUGAAAAUAGAUAAACAGAAAUUUGACAGGCUUAAAGAUAUAGUGCUUGAUGUAUAAAAUGG